AUGAAAGGGUAUUAUCUAGCCGUAAUCACAUUCUCUGUGGAAAAUCAUCUACCUAGAGAUUGUGAGAAUCUCCGUGAAAAUGGUGAUAAUAAUUUGCGAUCGGGCGUGUACGAGAUUUACCCGUAUGGAUCCCGAGCCCGACCUGCUACAGUUUUCUGUGAUAUGUACACAAUGGGAGGGGGAUGGACGGCAAUUCAAAAGCGUGUAAAUGGAUCUAUGAGCUUUGAUAGAACAUGGGACGAAUAUAGAGAAGGAUUUGGUGACGCGGGACAGGAUUUCUGGAUUGGAAAUGACGUCAUUCACCAGUUAACAAAGGGAAGGAACUCAAAUCUCUACAUUUCCAUCACACUAGGGAACGGCAGCAAACUAUACGAGUUGUACGAUCAGUUUUCAGUUUCGAAUGAAGCAGAUAACUAUCAACUUUUUCUGGCGGGAAAUGCCUCUGGAACUCUAGGUGACGGUAUGUUGCACAUAGACUCAUCUGACUUUGGUCUGUCUGGGAUGAAAUUUACGACGUCUGACAGAGAUAACGAUCGGUGGGCUGGAGGAAGCUGUGCUGCUUAUUAUAAAGGAGGUUGGUGGUUCAACGGAUGUUAUCGUGCCUUCCUUAAUGGUGCCUGGUCCCCGGAUAGAAGGGGAUCUCCUUGGUAUCCAACGUUUAAUUCUGGGGAAUCUAUUAAGGAGACUCUUAUGACGAUAAGAAGUUUAUAG